AUGAAUGCGGCGGAGAAUUGCGAGUUUGGCCCUUUUGCUGUCAUCAACGCAUCGACCUCUGUACAGUGUGGCCUUGGCGAGACUGCUGGUGGAACCGCAUCUCUAGGUGACAAUGAAACCAUGCUUCACGGCUGCAGUGUUGCAGUGCAUGUCAAAUUCCAGAUGAAAGAUGAGGUGAAUCGCCCUGCUGCCUCUCAGCGUCUCGAUGUGGUUGAGAAUGACACAUACCGUUUCUCCCUGCAGCUCCGCGCUUUUCGUGACAGUGUUGUGCAUUAUAAAGGGUUUGACCAGAACGGUUACAGCAUGUGCUGCAAUUUUAUUCAAGGCGCGGAGUGCUCCUGGGAAGGACGGCAACAAGGUGAAGAUGCACGGCUAAAGGAAGGGGCGGGGGGUGGCGUCUCAGGCAUUUCCACACGAAAAGAGCCCAGGAUUGUGUCGUGCCCACUUUAUCACGGGGUGGCGCGAGGGAGCACCUUCCAUGGCGUCGUAACGAAGCCGCUCCAUCGCCUCGCCAUCACGGAGUGGGAGGCCCGUUUGGAGUUUUGGCGUGGCGUGCAGCAGGACCGGGAGUUGUUGGGGCGGCUGCUGCUUCCCUUUCGUCUGACGGAGGAUGACGUGUCGUCGCUCAAUGACGCGGUAGCUGCAAUAUCUUUGACUGAUGGCCAUGCCAGUGGGGCACUGGUGGCGACUGAGAAUAAGGAGGUGGAGGGGGCGCAUGGGGAUUUGUAG